CCUUGUGGCGUCAUGUGUUGUCUUCACCAUUAGCCUGAAACAAUCGACCUGCCGUAAACACGACAACCUGUCAGUGUCGCAACAUCUGUGAAGGAAUACAGUUUGGAGUUACCACAGUUGCGAGAGGAGGUAUUUCUCAACCAGGAGAAGAUAAUUACAAUUUGCCAAGAAACAAAAGCGGGAGGCUGACAGACACGGCGCGCACUUGUCAAGACAAUCAUGGCGGAGAACGUUCGGGUAGCCGUACGGGUCAGGCCUUUUAACUCGCGUGAGACGGCCAGGAAGGCUAGCGUCAUUAUCAAGAUGACUGGUACUCAGACCGAGAUCACAGACCCAGAAAAUACCAAGGAAAAGCCCAAGAAGUUUGCCUUUGAUUUCUCAUACUGGUCCCAUGAUGGAUACUCAGAGAGGGACGAUGGAUACUUGGAGCCCAGCUCGUCCACGUAUGCUGACCAGAAAGUUGUGUUUGACGACCUGGGAAAGGGGGUGCUGGACAAUGCCUGGAAGGGCUACAACUGCUCCCUCUUCGCGUAUGGUCAGACUGGCAGCGGCAAGUCAUACUCCAUGGUGGGCUAUGGCACCAACAAGGGGAUUGUCCCCCUUGCCUGUGAGGACCUGUUCCGUGGCAUCAACGAGAAGAAGACAACAGCCAAGGAGGGGGAAGAAUAUCAGGUGAAGCUGAGCAUGCUGGAGAUCUACAAUGAGCAAGUUAGGGACCUCCUCAAUCUCAAAUCAUCACAGAAAGGAGGUCUCAAAGUUCGACAGCACCCUUCCAAGGGAUUCUAUGUGGACACACUUACCUCCUGGCCUGUGGACAGUUACAUGGCGAUUGACAACAAGAUCAACGAGGGAACAAGAAACAGGACAGUUGCCUCUACCAACAUGAACGCCACCAGCAGUCGAGCCCAUACAAUUGUGGCGGUCACAUUUGUGCAGAAGACACUGAACGAAGCGAACCAGAAUAUGACGAAGACAUCCAUUAUCAACUUGGUGGAUCUGGCUGGCAGUGAGAGGGCAGAGAGCACUGGGGCCACAGGAGAUCGGUUGAAGGAGGGGUCGGCCAUCAACCAGUCACUCAGUACACUCGGCAACUGCAUCAAGGCCCUAGCUGACCUGUCCAUGGGCAAGAAGAAAACUGUGGUUCCGUUCCGAGACUCAGUUCUGACGAAACUGCUCCAGAAUGCUCUGGGUGGCAACAGCAAAACCAUCAUGAUCGCUGCCUUGAGUCCCGCUGACAUCAACUAUGAAGAGACACUUUCAACUUUAAGAUUUGCUGACCGAGCUAAAGCCAUCAAGACCCAGGCUGUGGUGAAUGAGAGUCCGACAGACAAGCUGAUCAGGGAGCUACGGGAGGAGAACGCUCGUCUGAUGGAGAUGCUGAAGGGUGGUGGUGGAGCCAACGUUGUGGGAACCGAUGCGUCCACCUUCAACAGAGAGGAGGAGAUGGAGCGUCUGAGGAAGGAGCUUGAGGAGCAGAUGAAGGAGAGCCAGAUGACGUGGGCUCAGAAACUGGAGGAGGCCAACCAGGCUAGCAAGGGCCAGGCAGAGGAGGAGAACCAGAUACAAGCGAGGCGGAAGACAGAGUGCCACUUCUGGAACCUGAAUGAGGACCCUGCCCUCACUGCAAUGGUCAUACACUUUGUCAAAGAUGGAAAAUCCACUAUCGGCACCAAGAACGCCUCUCCUCCACCAGAUAUACAACUAAAUGGUUUGAGCAUACAGAAAGAGCAUGCUGUCAUCGAGAACAAGAAUAACAUUGUGACACUGACCCCCACGUCAGGCUCGCGCAUCCUCAUCAACGGCGAGAGCGUCAAGGACAACCGGAUUUUACACCAUCACGACAGAGUGCUGUUUGGAUCGAAUCAUUUGUAUGCAUUCCAACACCCUCACGAUGAGUCCAAACAGAAGGAACAAGGGGUGCAGGUUGCGAGUCCCACGUAUGACUCUGCCCAGGAGGAAAUCAUGAAACAUACAGGCCUCUUCAAGGACACGAGUGGUGGUGAUGGCAAGUCUAAAGAGGACUUGCUACUCCAGGAGGACCUGAUACAGCUGCUCCCGAUGGUGAAUGAAGCAAAUGCAAUGUCUGAAGAACUGGACAAAAAGGUCAAGUUUGAGAUUGCAUUGGUCUCGCCACAAGCCAGAGGUCUGCCACAUGGUCGGACAGAGGUGAAUGUGAAGAUGAGGAACUUGGUGAACGGCAACGAGUGGAUGUUCGACCGCAACCACUUCAUCAACCGCAAGUUCCUGAUGCAGGAGAUGUACCAGAAUUUUAUGGAGGGCUGCAAGGAUUGGGAUGUGGAGAGGCUGAACUUCAGGGCGGAGACUAUAAGUUUCCAUGUGAAGCAAGCAGUGAGGGAAAAGAUCCAUCGUGGGGAAUUUGUAGAUAUGAGGUCCCUAUUGCCACCAGAGAACCAGGCAGCACAGGAGAGUUCCAACUUCACAAUGGAGCUUGAUAUUUCAGGACAGUUAAUGCUCCCCAGCCACAAGCAGCAGGCAUUUGCCUACCCAGCCAGAGCCUCCACCUACACUCAGCGGCGCACAGAGGCGGCUCUUCGAGAUUUCAGUGGUCCGCGGUUUGAGCAGCAGCCCCACAGGCGGAUCAUCAGGCCUCAGGAAUCCCAGCGGACAUCUGGCUCAUCUAACAGCGGAAGCAAACAGUCUAGUAGCAAACUUCGAUGGCAGCAAACACUUGGAGGACUUAUGAGUCGGACCAUCGUGGGUGAUUGGCUCAAGCUACAUGGCGAGGCUGCAACAACACCUCGGGCGCACCGAAGCAGCCUGGGCCUCGCCGGGGUCAUCACAAUUCCGACAGGGGGCCUCAGGUGCCUGCGCUGCCCAGCUGCCACCAUCAUCUGGUCGCAGAUGCUGCCUCGGCUUUCGAGUGGCGUGGAGCUAUUGAUCUCCAGCCCUCGAGCUGAAAGAAAGAAAUUAAAUCGUAGAGUCAGCAACAUCGUGAAAGAGCAGCUGGGCGGCGGGGUUGUAUCAUUCACACCUGACCCGCUCAUUAUCUGGGCCGGGACUAAAGGUCUGCAUAUAAACGUGUACCUACAGUCUUUGGGCUACAUGAUAGAGUUGCAGGAGAACCUUGCCGUCACUGACUUCAAGGGUGUCGAACAAGCUCACCUGAAUGUUGAGAUUCUGCCGUGUUCCGAUGACUGGACGGAAUGCUGUGAUGAAUUCACCGAGGACCCAGGUGAUCUGCUGUCCAGAGCCCUGCACUUCAAGCUGAAGAUUAUAUCUGGACGUGGAAUCGCAAAUCGCUUUAUCAAAUCGUACUGCAGGUACAAGUUUUACCUGGACGAGAACUGGGUGGAGACAGAGACCAUCUCUGGGACCAGCAACCCCGACUUCGACCACGAGAAGCGCUUCACGUUCAAACCCGUCACCCAGCAGUUGCUGGACUACCUGCUCACAAGAUCACUGGUCAUCGAAGUCUGGGGACAACAGAAACCGGACAAGUCGGAAGUGGUGGACGAUGCCGGCAAGGCAGCGAAGAAGUCUGAAAAGACGUCCAAGGGUGACCCCAACCCUGCCCCGGCCCCAGCCCAGAACACCACAAAGGCCCUCAUGUCCCGGGAGAAGACCACCCUCGGGGUGGGGGCAACUGCAGCCAAUACUGUCACUGUUAGCAAAGAAGACAAGAUCAAAGAGAAACAAGACGAGGAAGCCAAGUACAAGGCAGCACACGAGAUCAACACGUACAAGAAGAUCGCGGAGCGUGCAGAAAACAGACUGAAUCAGCUACAAGGCUUGAUACAAGGAGCUAAAGUUUCUGGUGAUGGGACGAUUAAGAUUGCGGACCUAGAAGCCCUAAUUGCAGGCAGCGAUGCUAGGGUGUCGUCCUCUCCAUCGGCCAGCUCCAACGGCAGCAGCAGUGGGCGUCACAUCAAGCGUUCUGGAGAGAAACAGGGCUCUUCAACAUGCAGUCUACAGUGAACUCGGCUCAUACCAGUAGUUGCUGCAUCUCUCCGUCCAUUGUUGAUAAUUUUUGUUUUGGAUUUCUCAUCCAUUAACCAUCAUAUAACUAGUUAACUUCUGUUAUUGAAAAAAGGGAUAUGGAAAAUCUGUUCAGUGAAUUAAUUAACUCACAAAACUAUA